GGAGAAUCCAACGUAGUUCCUAAUGAAGCACUUGAUUUCAUUAAAUUUGUAAACGAAUCUCCUUCACCAUUUCAUGCGGUAGAAUCAGCUCGUUUACGUUUGGUUAAUGCUGGUUAUGAAGAGAUUAAUGAACGUGAUAACUGGUCCGGAAAAUUGAAACAUAAUGGAAAAUAUUAUUUUACAAGAAAUCGAAGUACUAUCGUUGCCUUUGCUGUAGGUGGUCGAUAUGUUCCUGGUAAUGGUAUCUCAAUUGUUGGUGCACACACAGAUUCUCCAUGUUUGAAG